AUGGCUACUCCCACCUCCACCAGAGCUUGGUCUCUUUACAAAAUCGACCCCAACAGCUUCGAUGGAUUGGAGCUGAAGGAGAGCAUCCCAAUUCCUAACCUUGGCGACCAUGAUGUAUUGGUCCAGAUUGAGGCCGUCUCGCUCAACUACAGAGAUCUUGCCCUCCCAAGGGGCCGUUACCCUUUCGCAAUGAACCUGCCUGUUGUUCCUGGCUCGGAUGCCUCCGGAAUUGCUGUGGCGGUUGGCCCCAAGGUUACCAGCAUCUCCAAGGGCGAUAGGGUGUGCACACUCUUCAACGAACUUCACCAGGCUGGUGAGAUCACUCCUGAAGGAGCAGCAAGCGGCCUUGGAGGUGCCAUCGACGGCACACUACGCCAGUACGGUGUCUUCCCCGAACAAGGUCUUGUUCAGGCACCGCAGUCCCUGAACGCCAUUGAAGCUAGCACCCUGACCUGUGCCCCUCUGACAUCAUGGAAUGCUCUGUAUGGACUGCAGUCCAAGGCUGUCAAGGCUGGUGACUGGGUUCUAACCCAAGGCACUGGUGGUGUGAGUCUCGCGGCCAUUCAGUUUGCCGUGGCUGCUGGCGCCACCGUUGUGGCCACAACAUCUUCAAACGACAAGUUCGAUGCCCUCAAGAAGCUGGGAGCUUCUCACGUCAUCAACUAUCGCGAGACGGCCAACUGGGGCGAGGUCGCGCGAGCGCUAACCCCCAAGGGUUUGGGCUUUGACCAUAUCAUCGAGGUUGGCGGCCCGGCCACUCUUGCGCAGUCGCUCAAGGGCAUCAAGCUCGGUGGUGUCAUCACCAUUAUCGGGUUCCUCUCGUCAUCGGACGAGCAGCCCCCGCUGAUGGACAUUCUCAACCAUCUUUGCAUUGUUCGUGGUAUCUUUGUCGGAUCCAAGCUGCAGUUUGAGGAGAUGAACCGUGCCAUUGACUCGAUCAAGAUGAAGCCCGUGGUUGACCCCAAGAUCUUUUCCUUUGAGCAGGUUAAGGAGGCUUAUCAGUAUCAGUGGGAUAGCAAGCAUUUUGGAAAGGUUGUCGUGCAGGUUGGAAACUGA